UAGUCAAAAUGUCGACUUCGGGGCGCUUCAAGCCAAAUGAAGGAGAUUGGAUUUGUUCUGAUCCUAAAAUACUCUUCAAGAGGGGUGGAAGCUUCCUAAGUAUGUGACGUAAUUAAUCUGACGUCAUGAUGAAUGCGUUAUAUCUUAGCGCAUAUCACAUCGUUCUUAGAGUCACAGUUUUGUAUGUGGAAUGUCACUGAAAUGUUUUUUUCACGAUUUGUGUCUGGACAAAAUUUGUGGGAAAUCUAACUAAUUAAAGGUGUGCCAACGUGAACUUUGCCCGCCGUUCAGCUUGUAACAAGUGUGGCAUGCCAAAGUCCGAUAAAAAAGAGAAAAAAGAUGGCACAUCUUUCAAGAAAGGAGGACAUGAGAUUGGAAAGGCGAUGGCUGAAAAAAGUAAAGGCUUAUUUAGUGCAGAUGACUGGCAGUGUAAAAGUUGUGGUAAUGUGAACUGGGCCCGGAGAAUGACAUGCAAUAUGUGUAACACACCAAAAUACGGCAAGGUUGAACAGAGAACUGGGUUUGGAGGUGGUUACAUGGAGCGGGAUGAGGUCGUAGAAUACAUAAAGAGAGAUGAUUCAGACGAUGAUUAUGACCUGUUUGGCAGAAAGAAGCGUAAGUCAGGUUCCAAUGCAGAUGGAAAUGCAGGAGAGGAUGCGAUGGGUGAAAAAGAAGAAGAGGAGAGUGAUGAAGAAGCGGUUUCAAAAGACAAAGCUUACGAAGAGGAGGAAGAAGAUGAUGAUGAUGAUGACGAUGAUGUUGACUUGUCAAAGUAUGCUUUGGACAGUGAUGAUGAAGAUUUGAAGGCAGCCAUUACAAAACAGUCUAGGUCUAAGUCAAGGUCAAGGUCACAGUCACAUUCUAGUUCUUCAUCUGGCUCAAGGUCACGGUCGUCAUCUCGGUCCAGGUCAUCUGACUCUCGAUCUGGGUCGUCAUCCAGUUCGUCUAGGUCGCGGUCACAGUCACACUCAAGAGAACGGCGGCCACAAAAAAGACGUCACUCUGAGUCUAGGUCCAGGUCAAGAUCCACUGAUGGCGAGUCAAGAAAGAAAAACAGUCGCCGCUCACGCUCAGAGUCCGGGUCAGGGUCAUCGUCACAGUCACCAGAGCAGAAUGGAUCAAGGCGAGCUUGAUGUGCCUUCCACCUGGCUUUGAACUCAGAUUAUAAUAAAAUAUUAUGUUGCAAUGUGGCACAUAAUUAAAAUGGUAUUAUGGUUGUUGGUAUCAGUAAACGUGUCAAGUAAAUUUAUGAUAUCUUUUUUCCUUAAAAACAUAUUGCAUAAAUUAUUAAAAUAAAUCCAACUUUUCUAAGCAAAUGAAAUUAGUUUUAAUACAUUGUUACAUUUUCUUGUUCAUCAUGUAGUUGUCUGAUUCUGUUUAAUUAUUUUAUCUCUACCAAAGUCAGAUAAUGAUAUGGUCUGAACUCUUUUGAAAGCAUCAUACUAGUUGGUUUAAUAACAAUGUUUAGCAAUAAAAUUAGUCUGUAAGUUUGUCUGCAACAGUUUUAUAUUAUACAUUUUCUGUGUGACGUAUUCUAUUUUGGGUGACAUAAAGUGUGUAUUCACAAAAUAAGGUCUUAUUUCAACACAGGAUGAGUUUGUCGCUUUUUAACAAAAGCCUGAUUCUACAAAUAAAAUUUUAAAAUGUUGUCUUAACAAAUAACCUUCGCCUAGUUGAGCACAUUUAUUAGUUUCGAGCCUUUUGUUACACCAAUAACUAGCAAUAACAAAAAAAAGGGAAAUAUUCCUCUUGAACUUGAUAAACUGAAGUUUACAAAUAACCCAAAUGAACAAAAAUGUCAACUAUUUUAAAUUUCUUCACCUUAUAGUUCUACAAUGUUAUUUUGGUUCAAAGUAAUUAAUGUAUGUAAGCUAAAAAUACUUAUUAUUGCAUAAUUGUUUUCCUUUUUUCUUGGGAUUAUUUCCCCUGUUUGAAAUACCACUGCUAUUAUUUAAUUAUUGUUUAUAAGCAGCUUUACUAAAAAUUUAACAACUAAAAAUUUCAUCUAAAUGCUUAGCCCAGAUGUUGAGUCCAGGAUUUAUGUUUCUAAAGCUGUCAAGUCUGGACUCUGUCUUAAUCUAAUACCAUACAUAUUGCAAGCAGGCAAGAGUUCAGAUUCGAGUUUAAGCUGAGUAAAAACAAUGUUAUAUGAGCAUAGACCCAAGCUUUUACCCCAUUUUUUUGUGGCACAAAUUCGUGCACACAAUCUGCUACUGGAAGGUGGUAAACCGUAGAUCAGUUUUGCAGGCAACAAAAUGGCAGCAUGUUUCUCUUUAUUGUCUUAUUAUCUAACCGAUUGUCUUAAAUGUUUUUCGAAGAAUCCUAAUUUUAUACUUACUAUAACAUUCAUGAUGUCGCUUGUGUCCUGUCCUUGGCUCAGUUUUUACUUCUAAUCUCUAAUAAUUGAUCACCAUUAUAUUCUCGGUGAAAACACAUUGUAACAGUUGCUCAUCCCAAACUUUUAAAGUGGUCAUGUUCUCUUUAUAAAAUGUUCAUGAUCUUAAUUUUACCUGAAUCAAAACUUUUUAGUUGUUUAGCCUUUACUUGUUGUCACGGUUGUCCAAAUGUACAGUAUUAAUUACAUUAAAUUUACUAUUUUAAUAAUAGUUCAGAACUUGCCCAACCAAAUAGUUUUAGAACAGAUUGGAUAUAAAAUGUUUCAGUUCCUUUGUUAAAUUCCCGUAUUUCUGAUAGUUAUUAAACAUUGAAAAAGCAAGAUAUUCAAAUGUAACAUUUCAGUAAAAAGAAACAAAAGUAUUAAAAUAAAAAUCACCAAUAUAUGUCUGCGUUUAUUUUGACUUCGAUGUAAUGGAUUGAAAUAAAAUGACUCGAAUAUACAACAAUUGGAUUAAGUUUUCUGAUUGGUAACUCUGUCAUGAUACUUUCAAAAUAGUAAUAUAGACUUAACGAGACAUAUCCCAAGAAUGUCUUCCAAACCAUUCAGAUUGUGGUAAUUGGUUUCAAUUCCAAGGUAUGCCCAUCUUAACAUAUAUUCACAGUAACUAAUUCCUUUUAUGGAGCAGUUUCCGACAGAUUCAAAAACUAUUGUAAGAGUCAAAAAAAUUAUUUGCAGUUUCUUAGAUGUUUAUUAUUUUUACCCAGCAUUACUUGUAUCUUUUUGCAGUGUUAUAUUUCAUGUUCUAUUCAAUAUUUUUACUUUAUAGGGCAUGUCAACAAAUGAAUUAUGUAAUUUUAUAAAGAUGUGGUAGCUGCCAUUUAUGUUGUUAGCAAAACGAACCUAGAUAUUAAAUGUUUUUCAACUGUGAA